AUGAGUGAAGUUGAUACCAUGAGCCAUCUCACUCGCGCUGGAGUUGAGAAGCUUCCAGCCUUGGGGGAUAAGCCUCCGAGAAUCAACACUCGCUAUGUCGUCAAAUCCAACCCGGAGAUUCGCCUCAAGGCAUCGGACGAGAAUGUACGAGCCGAGACUUGGUUCAGAACUCCGCCAUUCAACGCCCACACGAUCCGCAUGAUUCGCGCCGUCAAAUUGUUUGCUGAAUCGCACGAUCAGGGUUCAGUAGACGACAUGAUGCAGGGAAACUGGACAUGGUUUCAGUUGGCUGUACUCAGCAGUGACAAAGCUACGUCUCCCAAGAAAGGCAGUGAUGGACAAGAGCUUGUCGUCACGAGCCACGCAAAUAGAGUCGCCUCUGAUGAGUUUGAGUGGCUGGAGGGAGGAACUGUGGACACGCGCCGAAUCUUCUUGCAGGCACUCGAGCCCGGGAACGUCAUCGCAGUCCGUGUUUGCGCCCGCUUCCUCGGAUGGGAAAUGUUCGCGAGGAAUGGACACCUCGUUGUUGAAAUGGGCGAGGAUAACCAGCCCGUGCCAAUCAAACCCAUCAAGAUUGACACGGAUGAUGCGAUUCCCGCCCGACGCAAUGUGCAAACAUGGUACAACGAAACCAAGACCUGCCACGAAACGGGACUUGAACUGUCACUGUUUAUCCGAGCAAUGAGAGUUUUCCAGUCCCUCCGUCCCGAGGACCAGCUAUCGUACUACCGCAUCGCUGGAAUUCAUGGCUUUCCAUGCAACGUGCCAUGGAACACGGGCGAUCCGGUGAUUCCGCUCGAUGACCCGAACCUCGAAAAGCUGUUGGAGGAGAAAAAAGGUGGCCAGUAUUGUGAGCAUAACAAUUAUCUAUUUCCCACCUGGCACCGCGCGUACAUGUUGCUAUAUGAGCGAAGGAUUAGCGACCUCGUGAUGGAGGAAGCCUUGGAACGUAAACAUGAAAACGAGAAAUGGGUGCAGGCGGCAGAAUGCUGGCGUCUACCCUAUUGGGACUGGGCCGCCCAUCCAAGGCUCCCUGACAUCGCCUGUGACGAGACAAUCAGCGUCAUAAAAUCUUGGAACGGUCGAGACGAGCCCCAGAUGGAAGACUUGGGUAACCCAAUGUAUCGCUUCCAAAUGCCUGGUCUUAAGCCUAUGGGUGAUUCUUCAUAUGGCGACUACCGCUUGAAAAACACCGAGAAACAGUCGGUAUGUAUUCACCUGGAGUGCUGUGGCUGGAAUAUGGUACUCAUGACAGUCAGUGGCACAAAUGUGUUGGCACCAGUCGCCAUAGCAUCAAGCCCAGCGACUCUAAUGGGCGCUGGGUAA